AUGGCUCUUACAGGCGGGAUUCCCCGGGAAUUUGGAAACCUCUCAUUUCUUGUUUCUCUAGACUUGGGAAGGAACAAUUUCCAUGGAAAUUUGCCUCAAGAAAUGACACGCUUGCGUCGCCUUAAGUUUCUUGAUUUAAGUUUCAACAACUUCAGAGGGGAGGUUCCUUCUUGCAUUGAAAUCAUUGCAUUUACGGGCAAUAGCUUAUCAGGAAAUCUCCCCAAUGGCUUAUUCAAUGGUCUCCCAAUACUCAAAGAGCUUUAUCUAUCCGGAAACAAGCUUGUUGGUCAUAUGCCUACAAGCUUGUCAAAUGGUUCACAACUUAAAAUAUUGUCUUUAUCAAAAAAUGAGUUUGAUGGACCAAUACAUAGUGAAAUUGGAAGAUUGAGUAGCUUGCAGCAAUUGUAUCUCGGAGCUAACCAUUUCACAGGGAUAAUUCCACAAGAAAUUGGAAAUUUUGCUAAUUUGAUGGAGUUAUCGAUGGAGGUAAACCAGAUAACCGGUUCAGUCCCAAUCUCCAUAUUCAAUAUCUCGGUGCUGCAAGUUUUUUCACUGUGGGGGAACAAUCUUAAUGGACUCUUACCACGAGAUAUUGGAAACUUAACCAAGAUGCAAUUUUUAUAUCUUCAAGAAAAUAGGUUUACCGGUACGUAAUCAAAGUUAUAGAAAGAGGUACAAAUUGUGGUAGUUAAUUCACUAGUAUUCCUUUUUGUCCUUGUGUUGACAGGUGAAAUACCUAACGAGAUAAGCAACCUCGUUGAUUUGGAGAAACUUAAUCUUCAAUUUAAUAGUUUUAGUGUUCACUUGAAAUGGAGAUCUUCAACAUAUCAAGGCUGAGAGUGAUUUCUCUUUCACACAAUAAUCUAUCAGGAAGCCUCCCACCAACCAUGGGUUCUAUCUUACCCAACAUUGAAGAGCUUAAUCUGGGGAGCUUAACCAGUCUUGUUGGAACUAUUCCUCAUUCCAUCUCCAAUUGUUCAGAACUUGCUAUUCUAGAGCUUUCUAACAACCAAAUCGCUGGCUUGAUUCCCAAUUCUAUUGGAUAUUUGACUUAUCUACAGUAUCUAAAUUUAGCACUAAACAAUUUAACCACUGACUCAUCAUUAAGCUUCUUGAC